GUGACUCGUCGGUCGACAUUUUGGGCACAGCAUCAUCAGCGCUGACGUGCAACUACGUGUGCGAAGGCCGUCCACCCAAGCUGUCACUAGUGACGACGCAGACUACGUAAAACUUCGGUGAAUGACUAUGGACAUGUCAGUCACGCCUCAGCUGGACAGCGGUUUGGACAACUCGAUGACGGAUGGAGAGGAGAACUACAGUGAAGACAGUCUGUCUCCCCAGGUGUCUGUGGCAGGAGAGUCUCCUGGUGCGACUGUGGUCCAGCUGUGUGAUGGUCAGACGGUGCAGGUCCAGGGGGUGAUCCAGGCCCCUCAGACCUCUGUCAUACAGUCCCCACAAGUCCAGACUGUCCAGAUUGCGACUGUAGCAGAGGUGGAGGAGGACGAGGCAGUCACAGACACACACAAGGCCCGGGUGCUUCUCUCCAGGCGUCCAUCUUAUCGGAAAAUACUUAAUGAGCUGUCAUCGGAUUCGCCGGCGGUUCCUAAAAUCGAUGAAGAGAAGACGGAGGAGGCGGUGGUCUCCAGCGCUGCCUCAGCAUCAGUACCAACGUCCAUCUACCAGACCAGCUCAGGACAAUAUAUUGCGAUCACCCAGGGGAGAGCCAUCCAGUUGAGCAGCCUUGGAGUGGAAGGCCUCCAGGGGGCCCAGACCCUGACCCAGCCUGGGGCCACAGUCCUGCAGUGUGCCGCGCCGCCCGGAGACUCCCAACAGCAGUUGUACAUCCAGGGAGGACAGGUGCUCGUCCAAGNUGCCACAGGAGACAUCCCGGCCUACCAGCUGCGUUCCCCCAACUCGGGCCUGGCUCACAGCAUUGUGAUGGCUGCGUCCCCUGGCACCAUGCAGAGCCCUCAGCCCCAGCACACUGAGGACAUCACCCGCAAGAGGGAAGUCCGCCUGAUGAAAAACAGGGAGGCCGCCCGGGAGUGUCGCAGGAAAAAGAAAGAGUACGUCAAAUGUCUGGAAAACCGCGUGGCUGUGCUGGAAAACCAAAACAAGACCCUGAUUGAAGAGCUCAAAGCACUGAAGGACAUUUACUGCCACAAAGCCUAGCAGCGGCGGCCGCUGGUGGCCACGAGCCGAAGACAAGCGUUUACAAACUGCUACAGCGAACACGACAAAAAAAGAAUCAAAAAAGACUCUGGAACAAAAAGUGCUUUGACCGUCUUUGUGGCUGCUCACUCAGGCCCGGUUUACGCUGAGUUCACAAGUGUCCGGGGGAAUCGGAUCAGCUUCCCCCUUGUUCUCAUCUUCCGCUCUGCGUGCACACUGCUUGCUGUUGCUCCUGUGCGCGGGGCGAAGCCAGCCAACGACAACCAGCUGAAGGAGAGGAACCGGAAGAAAGGGAGAACAGGUGCUUCCUGAAAAUGUACCGCUCGAGCAUGAAUUAACAGAUUC